AUGCGGAUUCUGCUGCUACUGUUGAUUUUCAUUGUCGGGCUCGUGGCCAGCACCACUCGCUUUUCCGCCACACUUGUCUAUGCUCGAGUCACAUUGAGAUGUAGAGCUCCAAGGGUUGCUGAGGCUAAGGUGUUCUUGAUGGAGAGCGAUUUCCAGGAUAAUGCCUUUGAUGAAGACGACACUUUUGAUUUCGCCACCUACCACUUUGGCAAACAACCAGAGAUGAAAGUUGCUUUGAAGGGAGAAGAAUUCGAAUUCUCCGGACUAGAUCCAUAUAUCUAUGUAAUUCAUACAUGCACCAAGACGGCCAACUUCCAGGAAACAUUCGUCGUCAACUUAAUGGAAUCCAUGUAUCGCUCCAGAUCUUUCGACGUCAUUAUCGACCUCGACCGCAAUACUUCCGUUAUUACUCACCGUCGAAUUUACCCGUCAUGA